GGAGUCGGCGCGUCCCCGCUGCGCGCUCGCUCACGCCUGGCUGAGCAUGCGCAGUCGCGAAUUGGUCUGUCCGCCAUUGAGAGACACACGAUCUCAGAUAGAAACGGGUCAGAGGCAGUGACACAGACGACACUCACGUUUUUCCAUUCCUCGUGCUGAAGUUUGACGGUUGUCUUUUUUUUUUUUAAAAACAGAACCUAUUUUACAGUUCGUUUACACUGGUGUUUUCCUUUUCAUAGAGACGUUGAUGGACCCGCACUUGAUAUUUUAGUUGCUGUCCAGGGCGAGUGUAUUCCCGUUAACUAGUGGGUGAAGCGAAUCGAGCCUGGCUCUGCUCCGGGGGCAAGUGUGCUUGCAGCAGCUCAGCGUUUGAUGGAUCCUAGAAUCGCCUGGUUUCAGCCAGAACAGCGCGGACCCGCCAACAACCUGUGGAUGCACAUCUGGGAAACGACACAGACGCUGGGAAACCUUUACUUUAACAACAACUGCAACACAGCUAGCGCCAAACUGACGAGCAGCGGGGACGGGGCGUCGAGCAACGCGGUGGACAGCAGCGGAAAGACCAAGGAUCAUCAGGGGAUGUCUGGAUCCAAACCCGACAGCGAGGUGUCCCAACAACGAGACUUUAUCCCGCUGGAAACCAAUAACAAUAAUAACAGCAGCAGUAGGGAGGGCAGGGGUUUCGGCGGAGGGGGGCAAGUGUGUGGCAGUGGGGUCGCAGGAGUGGGAACGGAGUUGCCAAGCAAAAGGAAGAGAGACAACAAGGCGAGCACCUUUGGCUUUAACAAGAGUCUGCUGCUGACGGAUGGGGCGCAGGACAGCUACACGGGCACACCGUGGAAGAGCAGAAACUACACGGACGGCAUCGUGGGGCUGCAUGAAGAGAUAAAGGACUUUUAUGAUUACAUUUCUCCUCGUCCAGAGGAGGAGCACAUGAGGCUGGAGGUGGUGGCCAGGAUCCAGAGGGUCAUCAAAGACUUGUGGCCAAAUGCAGAGGUUGAAGUGUUUGGAAGCUUCAGCACAGGCUUGUAUUUACCUACAAGUGAUAUAGACUUGGUGGUUUUUGGUCACUGGGAGACUUUACCUCUUUGGACUCUGGAAGAGGCGCUUCGCAAGAGACAAGUGGCAGAUGAAAACUCUGUUAAAGUCUUGGAUAAAGCAACGGUCCCCAUCAUUAAAUUGACAGAUGCACACACAGAGGUAAAAGUGGACAUCAGCUUUAAUGUACAGAGUGGUGUAAAAGCUGCAAACCUCAUCAAGGACUUCAAACGGCGAUAUCCUGUGUUGCCGUACCUGGUUCUGGUUUUGAAGCAGUUUUUACUGCAAAGAGAGUUAAAUGAGGUUUUCACAGGAGGAAUCGGCUCAUACAGUCUGUUCCUCAUGGCUGUCAGCUUCUUACAGCUGCACUGUAGAGAGGACGUGUGUAGUUCAAACGCAAACCUUGGUGUGCUGCUGAUUGAGUUUUUUGAGCUGUACGGACGGCAUUUUAACUACCUGAAGACGGGGAUCAGGAUCAAAGACGGGGGCUCAUACGUGGCCAAAGAUGAAGUGCAGAAAGGCAUGCUGGAUGGGUACAGACCCUCUAUGCUUUACAUUGAAGAUCCAUUGCAGCCAGGAAAUGAUGUAGGGCGAAGUUCAUAUGGGGCGAUGCAGGUGAAAGAGGCUUUUGACUACGCUUAUGUUGUCUUAACUCACGCUGUAUCUCCAAUUGCCAAGUACUACCCCAACAACAAGUCAGAGAGUAUUCUAGGUAGAAUAAUCCGUGUCACACAGGAAGUAGCAGAAUACCGUGACUGGAUCAGUGCGCAGUGGGGUCAGAAGAGCAACAAAGAGCCGGUCCUCAACUGUAAUGCAAAUGAUGUCACACUGCUAGUUAAGCCUGAGGAACUUGAUGAGUGUAAUAAUAACCUUUCAGAGGAUGGUGUUGGGCUUCCUCCUGCCCCCCGGAGCAAAGUGUCAUCCAACUCCUCGUCUCCUUCCCCCUCUUCUCCUUCAUCACCAUCAUCAUCUUCAUCUUCAACGGCCUCUAGCUCAAGUGAUGCGGAUUCUGAUGGAACACCCUAUAAGACAGCGAAAGCUUUGGGUGGGCGGGGCUCUUACAGUGAGAAUACAGAAAGGAAUCUGUCCAAUCACAGAUCUCAAAAUCAUUCAGCAACAAUACCCACCCCCACUAAUAAGGGAAAUAAGAGCCGACAGCUUGCUAACAAAAGUGCUCAAGGGUCACACAGCAACCCCAACAAGAUGCAGCAAAACAACAAGUCUCAAAAACUCCUCUUAAAGAAGAGGAAACCUCAGCGUGAGGUAGCGCAUGGGGACCUGUGUAGAUAGGGGGAGCUGUUACUGCAGACUCACACCUGCUCUUAAUUUUUCUGACCACUGAAGGGUGCUGGUGGUAUCAUUUUUCUCUCCUGUCCCACUGUUCAAGGGAUGCGUGUGACUUUGUAGCUGGAAAAGGAAAAUAACAAAACACACACAAAAAAAGAAUAAGUCAAGUGGGCAUAUGCCAUGGGACUGAAAUCAUGUGGGAGUGUUUAAAACUCCUCUGGCUUCUGCGCAGCUUCUGCUCACUGCCCAUAGGGGAGCUGCACUGCUUUAAUGGAGAUGUGGAAGACCAGAGAAUGUACUGUAGGAGAGAGAGAAUUCACCUUGAGCAAUACCUGAAGCCCUGGACUUUUGCCUCACUGAGGAAAACUGAAAUUAAAAAAAAAAAAGACUUAAAUUACAUAAAAAUGUUAUAUUGAAAGUGCAAAGAUUUUUAAAUGUCUAUAAGAACAUGAAAAUGUAAUUAUUACAAGAGAAAUUAUGCAUGUGUUCUUUUUUGAAGAGUGGUUCUUUUUUUGUCAUGUAAACAGAUUAUACAAAUAUUUGUACAAGAAAACUGAAAACGAUACAAAAAAAGGAAAAAAAAAAACUAAAAAUACCCCAAAAACAUUAUCAAACAUGAAAAUGGUUUCAUAAUACUUUUAUAGUAUUGUUCCAAUUUUGCCAUGCUAUAGAUGUACACACGUUAAUAGAAAAACAGCUCCUCAGCCUUUUCUUCUGUUAUAUUGUUUGUGUAAUGUUUGGCAAUUAAGAGGGGUAGAGAGUUAGCAGUUGACUACAUCUGGAAAUGAGAGAGUGUGUGUGAUACAGUGUGUAUGAAUGAGUGAGAGAGAGUGUGUGUGUGUGAGAGAGAGAGAUAUGGCGCUAACAAAACCCUUGCUGUCUGUCUGCUAGAGGAGAAAAGUGUGAUGAUCUGGAAAUGUAACGAACACUACAGCUGUGGUUUUCAAUCUGCUUCUCUGAAUGAUCUGCCCAUCACAACAUAAGUUUUAUUUGUUGAUGUAAUGUAUUUAUUUUUAUCAAUGACAACAGGUUUCUUUAUUCUGACCAUAGUGGCCAGAUAUGUUUUGUUUCCUGUCUUAGGGCUGAGUGGCAAAACAUGAUUGUUGCUUGUAAUGUAGUGUGCUAUAUAUAUAUAUUUCUUUUUUUUUUUUUUGUCAAAUACCAAUUUUCCGAUAACAACUGAGUGACCAAGUAUAUUUUUGAAAGUACAUUUUAAGA